CUUUUAGAAUCUCCCGAUGGACUUAUGUUUGUUGGGUGGUUCAUUUUACCACCGCCUUACUAUUGAUGAUCACGGCCCGCUGCUUCCAUAGCAUCAUUUUCAAUAGCCAAUCUAGCGUUGGUCAUGUCAACGACAUACUGAAAUUCAGCAGCGGUAUUAUGACAGUGGUAGUGACCCUGGCGGAGAAAUUGACGAAACAAAGGUCUCAAAUGGAAACCUGGCGUCUGCUUGAACAAAUGGGGAUGGAUCACGGCUGUAAUUUUGGACUACUGAAUCAAACGACGUUCAACAGGGUGCUUCGCCGAUUCAGUAUAAAGUUCUGGUUGUACUUGAUUUUAUCAUCGGCAAUUGAAGUUCGUGUCAUGAGCGGCAUCGGAUAUAAUAUUCAAUGGAUGAAUUUUUGGGCGUACAAUAUUUACCCUUCAACCUUUUGCCGGCUGCUUCAUCUGUCCCACAUGCUACAGAUUGAUUUUCUCGCGGAAAACGUGAAAGUUUUAGCUCAAAAUCUUAUCGAUCUCAAAGAUACUAUGAACGAUGGUCCUGCCCACUGUAAUGAGUACAGCACUGGUCAUGAUACUUUGCUUCAAGUGGGCGUAAGUCGAUUGUUGGAUUCAAAGAAAGUUUACGGUGUUCUGUGGAAAAUCUGUACGGUUAUAAAUGAACUUUUUACCUGGAGUCAAGUUUUCAAUAUUACGAGCAAUUUUAUACAACUUUCCUGUGAUUUAUAUUGGGUGAUGAUUGAUUUCAUUAGAAAAGCCCAGUUUAUUGAAGAAGUUUUAGAACUAGCUAUGUGUCUCGUCCCUGCUCCUGUUAUAAUUAUGAUGCUCUUACAAUCGGCCGAUCAUUGUAAAUUCCUAAGCUCAAAUGUUGGGCCUUUGCUACAUGAAAUUCCGAAGCACGGCUAUCCUGAGCUUUACGAAGUAGUUUUCUAUUAUUCGAUGCAAAUUGAUCAACAGCCAAUUAAACUGGCGGUAUACGACUUGAUGAAUAUCGAUUACACGCUUUUGAUUAGAAUCGCAAUUGGAAUUGCUACAUACAUGGUCAUAUUCAUUCAACUUAGUAUCUAAAUUUGUGAAAAACUGGCAUGCAUCGGAGGAACACUUGUUGCAGCGAUUAAUGUUAGUUGAGGUUGAUUUCCAUUUACAUUUAUGA